UUGCGGCCUUGAAGAACCUAAGACCAUGGAGAGCCACAAUAUUCAGGUCCAGAGAGCCACUCUGCUGCUCCUGCUCUUCUCGCUGAGCCCCUUUGCCCUGGCCAAGCCAACCCUCCCGGACUGUUGCCAGCAGAAGAACUGUCCUUGCCGCAUCUUGGAGCUGCUGCAUGGGAUGGGCAACCACGCUGCCGGCAUCCUCACCCUGGGCAAGCGGAGCGGCGCCGGGUCCACCAAGGCCUUCCAGAGCCGGCUCUACCGCCUCUUGCACGGCUCCGAUAACCAGGCGGCUGGGAUUCUCACCAUGGGGAAGCGGACCAGUGAGACAGCAUCAGCCCACAAGGAGGGUGUGCCCAGCACCCAGCCCACCCCAGCUCCAGUUGCCACAGGGCCCAAUCCAGCCAAGGGCUGCCUGGCACCUCUUGACAAGGACUCGACAUCCAGACAGAAGGCCGGUGUUGCAGAGACUAUUUACUGA